AGGCAUAUUGGUCAUUGUCUCCAGUGAGUUUGUUGCCUGUAUUGGUUUAACUAGGUAUUUCUUGUUCAACAUAUACGCUUCUAGUCGUCGAAUCACCAUGCAAGCUCUCAAGUUUGAGAAGACUGGGUCCCUCGAUAACCUGUCUCUGGUUAGCGUCGAGAAACCUAUACUAGGUCCCGGAGAGGCUCUAGUAUGCGUCAGAGCCGCCGGUAUCAACGGGUCCGAUGCUGCAGGUGUCAUAGGCAUGCUUCCAUUUGUGACCACCCCUCGUAUUCCUGGCAGAGAUUUCUCCGGGGAGGUCGUCGAAGCGCUGGAUGCGUCCGGGGCCUCGAGUCAGGAUUGGGUUGGAGCAGAGGUAUGGGGAACAGGAAGCGAGAGGGGCUUCACUUCGGAUGGAACAUUUUCACAAUACGUUACUGUUCCUAUCGCUGCAUUGAGCCGGAAGCCAGCAACUCUCGACCACUCCAAGGCCGGUAGCAUGACCUUGCCCUGGUUAUGCGCGUGGAUCACAGUUGAGAGACUCGCAAAUGUCAAAGAGGGAGACAAUGUUAUUAUCAUUGGUGCUCGAGGUGGCAUCGGCUCUGCAGCAGCCCAGCUCUGCAAGGAGCGCGGGGCACGCGUAUUUGGCACAUACACGUCGCUCGCCAAAGUGACUCCCCCAUCGUACAUCUCGCCCAUCGAACUAACCUCUAAAAACGCCAUCCGCGAGGCCAUCGCCAAAGCAGGACUGCACAACAAAAUUGACGUUUUACUAGACUGCGCUGGUUACGACCAGCCAUUCAACGAUGCAAUUUUCACGAUGACACCGAACGGCACCGGCCGUGUCGUGAUCAUGGCUGUCCAUGCAAAGGAUGGGCUAUUCCCCAUGCACCUGCGGACGUUCUAUACCAAGGCCCUUACGUUAAAGGGUAUGUCGUCGAGUAUUCUGGGCCCGUUGGAGGUCAAGGAGGUACUGGAUGACCUUGCGAAGAAAAUUGAUAGUGGGCUCCUAGAGGGACCGAAGGAGGUCAAAGAAGUUGAUAUGAGGAACAUGGACAAUGUGAAGGGUGCUCUGCAGGAGAUUUUAACUCGAGCUUCUCAUGUUCGUUCAGUGAUUGUUCCCUGAACAUUUCCGUCGGACCGUCAAUGGUCAUACCAGCAUCUGGGUUUUAUUGUAUUUGAGCCGCAACUUCGAUGGUUACUGAUGUAUUUAUUAAGCAUAUAGUAGAUCAAAUCAACACAAAUUUAUUCAUGAUACGAACUUCAUCGC